CAGUUGUUGGUGCGGCCGGUCUCGGAGCGGAGCUGCCCGGCGCGCACUGCGGCUGUGGAGGCAGCGCUGCCCGUGCGGCCCCGCCCCCCCGGCCCCGCCUCACGCACGCGCCGCGCGUUACGCGUUACGCACCGCACGCAGCGACACGGCCCAGACCGCCACCACGAAGCGCCGCAGCCCGUUACUGAAAUCAUGAAUCCUGUGUAUAGCCCUGGAUCUUCUGGGGUUCCCUAUGCAAAUGCCAAAGGAAUUGGUUAUCCAGCUGGCUUCCCAAUGGGCUAUGCAGCGGCUGCUCCUGCCUAUUCCCCUAAUAUGUAUCCUGGAGCAAAUCCUACCUUCCAAACAGGUUAUACACCAGGCACUCCUUAUAAAGUGUCUUGUUCACCCACUAGUGGUGCAGUCCCGCCGUAUUCCUCGUCACCAAAUCCCUAUCAGACUGCUGUGUAUCCAGUUCGAAGUGCCUAUCCACAGCAGAAUCCAUAUGCACAGCAAGGCACUUACUACACACAGCCUUUAUAUGCAGCACCACCCCACGUAAUUCACCAUACCACAGUUGUGCAGCCUAACGGCAUGCCAGCAACCAUGUACCCUGCUCCUAUUCCACCACCAAGAGGAAAUGGUGUGACCAUGGGGAUGGUGGCUGGGACUACUAUGGCAAUGUCAGCAGGAACUUUGUUGACAACUCAUUCCCCAACUCCAGUAGCCCCUCAUCCAGUUACUAUGCCCACAUACCGGGCUCCAGGAACACCAACCUAUAGUUAUGUGCCCCCACAGUGGUGAUCAACCAGGCAGUCAGUGUUUGAAGAUGGGAGAUAUGCAAUCAAGAAAUUGAGGUUUAAAAGUUGGUGCUGAAGCCCUCAUGCCUCCAACCAGGACUCUUCUUCUGAAUGCUUUCAACACUUGGCUAAACACUACUAAUUCCUGAUCACUGAAGAUUUUCCAGUGCUGCAUAUCUUACAUCUUGGAACUCCAGCAGUUAGUCUUAAAGCAAAUCCUGUUUUGUGGACUGUCUUGCAAUUUUUUAGCUAAUUAUAAUGAUAAAAAGGGAGUAUAAAUUUAUUCUGAUCCAUAUCUAGUUGAAUGCAUGUUAAAACACAAAAACAAAGCUUGCUCAAUCUACCUGCAGUGACUGAUGCAAAAACCAUCAUAUGCAAAUCCAAAGGAACCAAGAAGUAUUUUACAACUUGUAUCACUAAUGCACUGUUGUAAUGUAUGCAGGGUCUUAAAAGGUAGAAUCAUGAAAGUGAGUUUCUUUGUAGACUACCAUAAGAUACAUUAGGAAAGAGCUUCAACCUUUUUUGGGUUGAUGGGAUUGCCAGUUUAAAAGGGGCACUUUUUUUUUUUUUUUAAUUUAAGUGAUGUAUUCUUUUCAAAUUCAAGUACUAAAUUGGACUGACUGGAAAAUGAGUCAGAAAAGCUGUAGGAAUCCCUCACGUCAUUAAUUUACUUCAUACCUUUACAUUUUUGUUACAUGGAUUCAGUGUUAUAGAGCUGUUCUCAAGGAUCAGAAUGAAAUGGCGAAGGUAAUGCUGUGUGUGCAAGUAAAUAAGGCAAGCUUCCUUGAGGCAAAACUUGCCAUUAGGAAUAGUAGGAGGCGACCUGUGUAAUGAAUUGCAUGCCCUGGGGAGAUACAUAUCCAGUACUACCUUUCAUAUGAUGCAAGAUGUGUCAAAGUGAGACUGCCACACAGGCUGAUAGAAUAACACUUUCAUUUAGAUCUCCGUUCAGGAGAUCACUGUUGUUUUUCCUAAAGAAUGUUGUAGUCAGUUGCAAACGUAGGUGCAGUUGACCCAUUGUGCUUUCCUGACGUUUAAGAAGUAUUAGGGCUUUCUACGACAGACAGGGAGAUCAGCUGCGUGCUAUCCUGAGGAAAGCUGGUGUGCCUGAUGAGUAUGUUAAAGGGGAACAAAUCAUUUUAACACAAUUUCCUUGUUAGCUACUUGCAGUAUGGACUACAGAUACGCUGUAGUAGGGCUGCCAGACUAUAGAGGUUUCAGAUAGUUUGGUUGUUUUUUAUUUUUUCCUGAAAAUAUUUGUAAUUGAGGUGGGAGCCAUUUGGUGGUUACAGCAUUUUGAUGUAUUUUUGUAGUAUUUUCUUUUUUUUAACUUCCUAAAUUGCACUUGAAAGCAUGUAGAAAUAAGACUGACUGCAGAUUAGCAUUUCAUUGCAACGAGUCAUUUCUGGUAUUCUUUCUUGCAACUUUAAUUCUAAAAACAGUACCUCAAAGCAAAUGCAGUGGUGAUAAAGGGCUAGCCUUAGAACCCAUUUGUAUACCUAAAUUCUCACCAGGAAGAUUUUAAAUGCUCAAAUUACAAUAUUGCACAUGAAAUCAAGGUUUUUCUUAGACCUGCUUGACAUAUAUAUUCUGCCUGCAAUAAAUGAUGCAGUAAAUGAUUAUAAAAUGUUGUUCCCUUUUAAGCGUUUACACAGAGGUAUAUCAGGCUGUAUCGUUCUCAUAGUCUAAUUUCCAUUCAGAAGUGAUAAUUUCUUUUUAAGUUCUCUAUCUAAUUAACGUCUUUCUGGGGGUGUUCUGCUCCUCUAUAGAUUUGGCAGCUACUUUGGGGUAGCAUCAGUGCUGAUGUAAUGCUGCCAUUCCAGUACAUGGUGUAAUGCUUGUGAACUGGGGUUAGAGCCUUCACUAACUUUAUUUUUUCAGUAAGCACUCUCCAUAUAUAUAUUUUUUUUACUACUUUUUUGUUUGUUUGUUUGAUGAAGUUCAGGAUUAUUUUUCAGGAAUCACUGUCAGAGGACAGCCCCUUUUGUUUUAAUUCCUUGAAUAUUAAUGAUGUUGGAAUAAGUACUUUAAACCUUACUCAUGAGCACUUACUGCAGCUUAGCGAUUUCCAUAUGUUUUCAUAUGGAGCAGAAAAUUACCCCCAGACAAAACCAUCUGAAUCUGUACUGCCUUGGGUCAGGUCUGUUCAACGAUUCCUUUUGUGUAGCAGGUUUGCAGCUUUGAGUAGCCAGGUGUGCAGGGUGAUGCAGUGAACGUGGAUCCAGGCCAUUUGUUCAGUUUGCAAGUAGUGUGACUUUUUGGUCGUCUUAGCAUGAUUUGAAUGAGAGAGUCCAGGUGUGAACCACUGCUAUACUGAGGAGAAGCUGUACAGAACAAGCUCAGAGCUUCGCUGUCUCCUGUCCCAUCACCCCAUAAACUAAAGCUUUGAAAAUCAUAGGAGUGAACUUUGAAUGCUGCAUUAGAUGAAUAGUUAAGGAAUGAACAUCCCGUAUCUUUGCCCUAAAUUCAGAUUCCUAAAUGUCACCUUGGAAUUGGUCCCUAUGACGUUCUGUAACUUAUAGGCAGUCACACUUACUCGAGCACUUUUGUUUUCUAAGUUGCGUUAUGGGAUUCAUCUAUGAGGGGAAAACUGCCACACCUUCCGGUUCUGAUCAGUUGUAAUGCACUGGGAGGGUGGAGCACAUCUCCAGCUGUUUGAUAUGGGAAGUAACCAAAAGCACAGUGCGGAGGGGACAGGAGGGGAGUAUGUGUGUGUAUAUAACUAUCUUAAUGGUAUUUUGUUGCAAAUAGUAGAAAGCAUGGAUAUAAAACAGCGGCGGGGGAAGUCGUACAUCGUUACAUAGGCGUUUACACAGUGAGGGUCUUACGAAACAUUCUCUCCUGCUUUUUAUAUAACAUUCCCUAUUUAGAAUUCCUUUAUAAAUAAACGCGCAGUAUGUUUGCACGAGAGCUCUGCCCAUGGGAAGAGCUUGUGCUGUAGAGACAUUUCAGAUCAAGCUUCUCUUUAAAAAAAUAAAAAAAAUUAAAAAAAAAAUAAGAAAAAAACUUUUAUGGCAGCUUUAUAUGAUUAAAAAAAAGUACUACUUUGAACCUGGAACUGAAGAUAACUGCAGCAAUAACAGAGAAGUCCAAAAUAGAUCUUUUUUUUUUUUUCUCCUUUUUCUUUUUUUUUCAAUUCAAAUUUCAAGUGUUCAAUUUAGGUGAGAUAUUUUUUAAAGACUGAAGUAUUCCCUAUGUCAGUGAGAACUGAUGAAAAUGUCUUUUAAAUGUAGCAGCAGCAAAAUAGAAAUAGCUAACAAUUGGCACCAAAAGCAUGUAGCCCUAGUCAGUGGCAUGGCGGUUAUUAACCAGGCAAUUGGAAGGAGAACAGAGAGCCUACUACUAGAUCUUGCUAUGCUUGUAACCAUCUCCUGUCUGAAGUUUCUAGGAGACAUACAGGAGUGCUGUUCGUGAAAGCUUUUUGAGUGUGCUAUGCAAGUUAAAAGCUUAGAUGGCGGUGGUAGAUGGGGGAGAAAAAUCCUUUCCUGUAGUCCUUCCUCGUAUCACUUCAUCCAUUGAAGGAAGAAACAAACCGUGAGUACCACAGUGUUUUAGUGUUGUCUGAAGAUAUUUCAUAGUAUGGUGUUACAUACCAGAAUACUCAACAUUGACUGCUCUUCACAAGGUGUUGUGGCUUCGGUGUCACUUGGGUGGUAAGGCUGCUUAGGGAAUCUGAGCGAGAAAUGGUUAGAACUGGCUUGGAAUUACUCCCCAGUGCUCGAGCGUGGUAUUAUGCACCAUUCAUUUGGGUUUAGGACAUAUUUUUGCUUGAAUAGCUUAACUCCAGACUUAAAGUCAUACCAGAGAAUGGUAAUGUGAAAUCUCCCGUGUUAGGAACAUGAGCAGUAGUGAUGCUUCAGCUGGAAUGCAUGGGGAAAGAGGACAGCAGUGGUUGUCGAGUUAUUUGCAGUUGCCCAGAUGUGGUUCGUGUAGUAGUUGGUAGGUAGUUGAUAGUUGGUAUGAUCCAUGUUCAGUUUUCUCCAGCAGGUGUCACUGGUCAACCUUUGUGUGUGCUGAAGGUCAAAAGCAAUCCAUUGAUCCUCACAUUGAAGCAGUUGUGAGCAGUUGUCCAAAAAGCAGUGAAGAUUUAAGCUCAUUGAGACAGUUCUUCCAUAAUGUGUCAGCUUGCUAAUUCUGUAUCUCAUCAAUUCCAAGCUUCUUGCAGAUUUGUUGAGUUAGAAUGCCAAUUAACAGGAUCAACUGCAGCAAAGUUAGGAUUGUGUAAGCCUCAAAGAGCAUCGAGUUCUUUCUGAAGUAGUGACGAUGACUUCUGCUUUGGGGGUAUGUGUUGGGAGAAGGUAAGGUGUUUUGCAGAGGGAAUAGAGGGAAGAAGAACAGUGUUUAUCUGGGGACGAGGAAACCUUUUCUUUUGUAUGUUGAAUAAAACACUUAAACAUCUGAAUUCCACAGGUAGGUAGUAAGGGUCCAUUUGUAUUAAACAAAAAAACCCCACAGAAUUCUAAACAGUGUAUGGGCUCUGAAGUUUCAACACCAAGAAAGUGAACGUGACUUUUCUAAACUGUUGUGACUUUUGGGCACUUAGCAGGCAAACUGGGAAAGCUUUUUUAGCUGGCUGCUGUACAGACUUGUUUUAAGUAGAAUGAAUUUGUUAGUGUGUUUCUUUUUUUAAUUGUAAUGCUAUUAUUGGCUGCCCUCAUGUCUAAGAAUUGGAAAAGUGAGUGCAUGCAAUGGAAGUACAAGAGGCCCCAGUAAUAGUUCUCCAUGUUUGUUAUGAAAUAGACACAGGUUUCCUUUUUAUGACUUUUUAAGAACUGUCUUUACAAACAGUUGUAUUGGUACUUUCUUUUUUGGUUUAAGUUUAGGUCAAUGUUGUCUUCCAGGAUAAGUUUUAAGGCAUCACUCACUCCUGCAUUGAAUUAUCACAUCAACACAAAGAGUGGAGAUCCCAUUCUGAGCCAGUUCAAUUGUGAAAAUUCAUACUUUUUUUUUUUUUAUUUUUUAUGCAAUUCAAUGAGUAGAUGAGCUCAGAUUUAAAUUCUUAAAAGCACGUUUAUUGUAACAAGAAUUGUUAUGUAUUAAUACUUCAGUUUUCAAUAAAGAUUGACUUGUGUUGCUUAU